AUGAAGUUGGCGCUUUGGAUUCUGAUGUGCACACUACUGCUACAGGUCCGUUUACCUUCCCUUUCAACGUUAUUAAAACGGUUUUUCAGGUAUUCAUGAUUGACGGCGCUAUCUUCAGGCGAUCAAACAACAGAACUUUUCCGGAAUCCGAAAGGUGAUUCAAAUAAACAGUAUUGUCCGUUAACAUCUGCACGGUUCCAGAAAAAAGAAGGUGGUGAAAAGGGCGUUCGAUCGUUUCGACCACGGAGGCCACUUCUAUUUCGGAGCUCGUCGUUCCAGCCCAUUCGAUGACAGCCACGGAUUCGAUGUAGACCAUUACCGAUAUUUUAGUUAUGAGAAUCUCCUGUUUGAUUCCCACUAA